AAAAAUCAUAACCCUCUAAAUUUAAAAACACUUAAUUAUAAAACAUAUUUUUAUACUUUUUUCAAAUAAAAAUAAAAAAAAUUAAAUAAAAUAAAAAUAAAACCGAAAAAUCUAAUGACUUACAUAUACAAGCAGGCGGAAAUGAAAGAAGAAAAGAUUGCAAGGACGCCAUGGGACGACAAAAGUGUUAACCAACUCCCUUAGUCACUCGCUCUUUGCUGCACAUUACAUUAUUUCCUCCCCAAACACCAAAUUAUACAUAACAAAAAACAAACCAAGAAAAAACAGAAAAAAACGAAGAAACAAUGGCAACGGUUACCCUCAAUCUCUGUCGCCUUACCCGCCACUACUUCCCGCUCUUCGCACCUUUCCUAUUUCGCUCCUCUCUCAUCCCCUCCAAAUCCCCUCCUGCUCUCUCCCGCAAUUCCCACUCAAUCCCUUCUGCAUUGCGCUUCUCCCGCCGUCGAAUCUCUAUUGUAUCGGCUUCAACAAGCUCUCCAGAGUGGAGUUGUAGUAAUAGAAAUAGCAGCGAUGGAACAAUUGAAGAAAGAUAUGAUGUGAUUGUGGUUGGAGGAGGACAUGCGGGUUGUGAAGCAGCCCUUGCAUCUGCUCGUUUAGGGGCUAAAACUCUUCUUCUCACUCUUAAUUUAGAUCGAAUUGCAUGGCAGCCUUGCAACCCAGCAGUGGGUGGACCUGCAAAAUCACAGUUAGUUCAUGAAGUGGAUGCACUUGGAGGUGAAAUUGGGAAGGCUGCAGAUAGGUGCUAUUUACAAAAGCGUGUGCUGAACAUCUCAAGAGGCCCCGCAGUUCGAGCUUUGCGUGCCCAAACUGACAAAAGGGAAUAUGCUAUGCUGUUGAAAAAGAUAGUGGAGAGUACUCCAAACCUUUUUAUCAGAGAGGCAAUGGUAACAGAUAUCUUGCUAGGAAAGAAUGACAAUGUGGAAGGUGUUCGCACUUUUUUUGGGAUGAAUUUCUAUGCAUCUUCAGUUAUUCUCACGACAGGAACUUUUAUGAGUGGUAAAAUUUGGGUUGGUAGAACUUCAAUGCCUGCAGGAAGAGCUGGUGAGUCAUCUUCAGAAGGACUCACAGAGAACUUGCAACGCCUUGGAUUUGAAACUGAUCGGUUAAAAACUGGGACUCCAGCUCGUGUGGACAUUCGUACGGUUGAUUUUUCUAGAUUGGAACCUCAGCAUGGGGAUGAAGAGGUCAGCUGGUUUAGUUUUGAUCCUGAUGUACACAUUGAAAGGGCACAGAUGUGUUGCUAUUUGACACGUACCACAAAAAUCACUCAUCAGCUUAUAAAGGAGAAUUUGCAUGAGACUCCAACUUAUGGAGGGUGGGUUGAAGCAAAGGGGCCGCGAUACUGCCCUUCUAUUGAAGAUAAGAUUGUGAGGUUUCAAGAUAAGGAAUCACAUCAGAUUUUUCUCGAACCAGAAGGUCGAAAUGUGCCUGAGCUUUAUGUGCAGGGGUUCUCAACUGGUUUACCUGAGAGAUUACAGUUACCACUAUUGAGAACUUUGCCUGGACUUGAAAAUUGUUCAAUGCUAAGGCCUGCAUAUGCUGUGGAGUAUGAUUUCCUGCCUGCACAUCAAUGCUCUAGAUCUCUUAUGACAAAGAAAGUUGAGGGACUCUUCUUCUCUGGUCAGAUAAAUGGGACAACAGGUUAUGAAGAGGCUGCAGCACAGGGAAUUAUUUCUGGUAUUAAUGCUGCAAGGCAUUCAGAUGGUAAGCCCCUUAUUGUUCUUGAGAGGGAAAGCAGCUAUAUAGGCACAUUAAUUGAUGAUCUGAUCACGAAGGAUCUUCGAGAGCCAUAUCGUGUGUUAACAAGCCGCUCUGAACACCGCUUACUUCUCCGAUCUGAUAAUGCCGAUAGUCGUCUCACACCAUUGGGGCAUGAAAUCGGGUUGAUAGAUGAUAGACGCUGGGGAUUAUACCAAGAUAAGCAAGCUCGCAUUUCUGAAGAGAAAAAGCGUUUGAAAACUGUCAGGAUAUCAGGAGGAGAAUUGGCUGCUGAUGUUACUUGUCUGUCUAGACAGCCUGUGAAGGGCUCCUCAACAUUGGAGAGUCUUUUAAAGAAACCACACAUCCAGUAUAGAGUUCUUGAUAAGCACGGUUUUGGUAAUGAGCUUUUAUCUAGAGAAGAGAAGGAGUGUGUCGAGAUUGAUAUCAAGUAUGAAGGCUUCAUUAUACGUCAGCAGAUCCAACUCCAACAGAUGGCCCAUCAACAAAAUAGACCACUUCCAGAGGACUUGGAUUAUUAUGCAAUGACAACUUUGUCCCUUGAAGCACGUGAGAAACUCUCCAAGGUUAGGCCACAAACAAUUGGUCAAGCAAGCAGAAUAGCUGGGGUGAGCCCUGCUGACAUCACUGCACUCCUUAUAAUCCUUGAAGCCAACCGGAGGAAGGCUCAGGAAAAGAGGAGGCACCAAAUACUGAAAUCUGUUGUGACAGAUGCAAAUCCCGUAUCAAAUGUUCCUUUAAUAGAGACAAUCAGCUCUUGAUAUGUUCCUUGUUACGUUACUGGUGAAAUCCUCUGUUUGUCACUUUCAGCUCUUCAGAGUAGUCCUGCAAGAAUAGGACAUUUAUUGAAGCUGGUUGGUGAGGGCUUAUAUUCAGAUAUUUUGCUCCUGCUGUCAGUGGACAUCCUCUUGUUCUGUGCCCGUGAUUCCACAAAAUUUGAAGGUCAGUACAGAAGCCUAAACUCAGUAAUCAAAACCGCAAGUGCAACUGAACAAUUUCUGGGGAAUCUUAUUACCCUUGUAGUUCUGUCAUUAUAGCAACCAAUUCUGCAGUGCAUCUUUGUACUGCUAGCAUUUCUUGUAAUUAGGAUGUAUUUUAUGGGUGAAGUCCAUAUUUAUUGCUACCUCUCUCCCUCCCUCACUCAUCUUUAGUUUUGGUUAUUGGCACAAACACCACAAGAUCUGUUUUGUAGUUGAAGAGAGCAUGAUAAAUUUCGUUUAUCUGCCUGGUUAUUUGUGCGGAUGGCAGACUUGUGAGGGUGUCUAGGCCACAGCUCUGCUAUUGUCAUUGAUCUCAAAAUGCCAGAAACUGCAUUAGAAGGCGGUCAAAAGUAAAAGUUGAAAGAGAAAUGCCCGAGUUUCUUUGUAAUUGUAGACGUGUCUAAUGGUAUGAGCUACUGUAAUGGUUUAUGUAGCAUCGGCUUCCUUGAUAUUUAGUUGGCUGUGCCCAAGGAUUAUUGUGAAA